CCUGGCCCCUGAUAAAGCCUUGGUGAGUUAGCCUGCUAGCCUGGCCCCUGAUAAAGCCUUGGUGAGUUAGCCCUUAGCCUGCUAGCCUGGCCCCUGAUAACGCCUGGGUGAGUUAGCCGUUAGCCUGGCCCCUGAUAAAGCCUUGGUGAGUUAGCCGUUAGCCUGGCCCCUGAUAAAGCCUUGGUGAGUUAGCCCUUAGCCUGCUAGCCUGGCCCUUGAUAGAGCCUUGUUGAGUUAGCCGUUAGCCUGGCCCCUGAUAACGCCUGGGUGAGUUAGCCGUUAGCCUGGCCCCUGAUAACGCCUGGGUGAGUUAGCCCUUAGCCUGCUAGCCUGGCCCUUGAUAGAGCCUGGGUGAGUUAGCUGUUAGCCUGGCCCCUGAUAACGCCUGGGUGAGUUAGCCUGCUAGCCUGGCCCUUGAUAGAGCCUGGGUGAGUUAGCUGUUAGCCAGGCCCCAGAGGGUUAGAUCACAGUUAGCCAGAGAGGUAUACUACAAAGCAGGAUCAAUGAGUUAGCUAACUUUGAUAAAUAAACAGAAAUAGCCGUUGAGUGUCUGGUUCAUUUAGAAAGCUAAACUUCUGUUUACUGCUUGUUGAGUCCAUGCCCGUUUUUAAGAUGAUCAACAACAACAAACAAACAAAUUGUUAUUUCAGAAUAUUUAGUUAAAUUAGCUGGCUAACUCAUUGAAUCUACUUUGUAGUAUACCCCUUGGAAGCUUCUAUCUCAAUCACUGGUAUACAUACACACGAGUGAAGAUACAUGUUCUAGAUAGUGGAAAUCUAAUUGACUUGCUAUUGACAUUCCAUUGUCCAUAUCCUUGACAUCCAUCACAUUUUCAACCAGUCAUUUAUUUAUUUUGGUUCCCAUUUAGCUGUUAGUAUCAGCUUUUCCUGGGGUCAUGCCAAGCAAUAUGGUUAUGUUUAGACCAUAAUGGACUGUCUCUUUAGCAGAAAACUGCACUGUUGGCUCUUAUUUUUCUGAUAACAAAAGUAUAAAUAAUAUCAAAUUCCUUAUAAUAAGCAAACCGGCUAAUGUGAUUUUCUAGUUUUCAACAAAUUCAUUUAUUGAAAAAAAUGAAGCAAGAGUGUCAUUUUUUUUUUCUUCACCUACUUAGCUAGCAAAUGCAGCUAGCUGGUUUAGUUACUCAAACAGAGAGAUGCUAUAUUAGCUAGCUGGCUAUGACAAUACAACACUGGAACUCUUCCAAAUCAAGGUAAGCUUUUGGUUUUAUUAAUUUCUUGCCACCGGGUCUGCUGGUCUAACUGCUUACUGACUAUACACUGUAACGUUACUGCAUGAUUUUAGCGGGUUUACAAACGCGUUAGUUCUAUUAGCUAUGUUGACGAUGACGUUACUUUAGCUAAUACAGGGACAACGAUGUAGGCUGUGUGUAGCGGUUUGGCCUGGAAAGAUUUUUUCGCCUGGUCACAUACAGCUGAUGUGUUCAUCUGAAGUCCACAAACGAAGGGAAAAGGUGAGCGGAGGAGAGUGCAUAGAGGUUAGAAUGAAUACAACAUGGCUGCUAUGAAAGUGAACUGUGUUUUAUGUGAUCGGGGGUGUAUUCAUUCCUCCAAUUCUGUUGAAAAACAGCAAGGAGUCAUCAUGCCAGGUAGUCCUGAGGCAUGGGGUUCAUAGGGUUCAGGUCCUCCGAGAGAGAAAGAAAGAGAGAAUUAGAGAGAGCAUAUAAAUGGAAGCAAAUGAAACAGGGAUAAAAAUACCAAAAUUUGUCCAAUAGAAACUCUCGUUUGCAACUGUUGGAUUGAUGGUUACACCCUAGAUAAGUUCGCUGCAGGCAAGAGUGUGCAAUGUGGUAUUGUGUAAUUUUCUGUCAUCUCAAAUUUUUCUCUCGACAUUGUAAACUUUCAUUCAUAGGCUAGGUUGUAGCAACCUCAUGAUGGGUACAGGAAAAAUAGCCUAAACCUACUGAUGUUACAUUGACCUGGGUGAAUGGAAUAUGAAUGACAGUCAUCCAAUAUGCUGUAAUAGAAAUAAGGCCGUGUUCAUGAAAAAUAAAAUCAUCCUCCCUCAUCAUAAACGGCACUGACCUCCACUUGUGUGUGUGUCUCUCUCUCCAUUGUGGCCUGACUGACGGCUGCCUGGCGUUUCAGUUUGGAAUCUGGGUGAAAGCAGAAGCAAAUUUCUUACAUUGAGUAUUACUGAGAGACUGAACAGACAGAAACAUAGUAACAGGCCUGCUAUUUGUGUGAACUGGAGAUGUUGCAUGGGGACCUUGAAAGGGAACUGGAUAAAAUGGGGAACUGGAUGCAAUGAAAGUAAUAACAAAAGUAAAAACAAUUUGGGCCAGUUUCCCAGGUCUGGUUUUGGUAUGGGCCAGUUUCCCAGGUCUAGUUUUUACAUGGGUCAGUUUCCCAGGUCUGGUUUUGGUAUGGGCCAGUUUCUCAGGUCUGGUUUUGGUAUGGGCCAGUUUCUCAGGUCUGGUUUUGGUAUGGGCCAGUUUCCCAGGUCUGGUUUUGGUAUGGGCCAGUUUCUCAGGUCUGGUUUUGGUAUGGGCCAGUUUCCCAGGUCUAGUUUUUACAUGGGUCAGUUUCCCAGGUCUGGUUUUUACAUGGGCCAGUUUCCCAGGUCUAGUUUUUACAUGGGCCAGUUUCCCAGGUCUGGUCUUUAUUUGGGCCAGUUUCCCUGGUCUGGUUUUUACAUGGGCCAGUUUCCCAGGUCUAGUUUUUACAUGGGUCAGUUUCCCAGGUCUGGUUUUGGUAUGGGCCAGUUUCUCAGGUCUGGUUUUGGUAUGGGCCAGUUUCUCAGGUCUGGUUUUGGUAUGGGCCAGUUUCCCAGGUCUAGUUUUUACAUGGGUCAGUUUCCCAGGUCUGGUUUUUACAUGGGCCAGUUUCCCAGGUCUAGUUUUUACAUGGGCCAGUUUCCCAGGUUUGGUCUUUAUAUGGGCCAGUUUCCCUGGUCUGGUUUUGGUAUGGGCCAGUUUCCUAGGUCUAGUUUUUACAUGGGCCAGUUUCCCAGGUCUAGUUUUUACAUGGGCCAGUUUCCCAGGUCUGGUCUUUAUUUGGGCCAGUUUCCCAGGUCUAGUUUUUACAUGGGCCAGUUUCCCAGGUCUGGUCUUUAUUUGGGCCAGUUUCCCUGGUCUGGUUUUUACAUGGGCCAGUUUCCCAGGUCUAGUUUUUACAUGGGCCAGUUUCCCAGGUCUAGUUUUUACAUGGGCCAGUUUCCCAGGUCUGGUUUUUAUAUGGGCCAGUUUCCCAGGUCUGGUUUUGGUAUGGGCCAGUUUCUCAGGUCUGGUUUUGGUAUGGGCCAGUUUCUCAGGUCUGGUUUUGGUAUGGGCCAGUUUCCCAGGUCUGGUUUUUACAUGGGCCAGUUUCCCAGGUCUGCUUUUUACAUGGGCCAGUUUACCAGGUCUGGUUUUGGUGUGGGCCAGUUUACUUAGCCUGGACUAAAACAUUAUAUCAAUGGAGUGGAGACUUGCAGAGGAAGGUACUGUGUGUUCAGUUUGUCAGUCUGUGAUUGCAGAGGAAGAAACUGUGUGUUCAGUAUGUCAGUCUGUGUUUGCAGAGGAAGGUACUGUGUUCAGUAUGUCAGUCUGUAUUUGCAGAGGAAGGUACUGUGUUCAGUAUGUCAGUCUGUGUUUGCAGAGGAAGGUGCUGUGUGUUCAGUAUGUCAGUCUGUGUUUGCAGAGGAAGGUACUGUGUGUUCAGUCUGUGUUUGCAGAGGAAGGUACUGUGUUCAGUAUGUCAGUCUGUGUUUGCAGAGGAAGGUACUGUGUUCAGUAUGUCAGUCUGUGUUUGCAGAGGAAGGUACUGUGUUCAGUAUGUCAGUCUGUGUUUGCAGAGGAAGGUACUGUGUGUUCAGUAUGUCAGUCUGUGUUUGCAGAGGAAGGUACUGUGUUCAGUAUGUCAGUCUGUGUUUGCAGAGGAAGGUACUGUGUGUUCAGUCUGUGUUUGCAGAGGAAGGUACUGUGUUCAGUAUGUCAGUCUGUGUUUGCAGUGGAAGGUACUGUGUGUUCAGUAUGUCAGUCUGUAUUUGCAGAGGAGGGUACUGUGUUCAGUAUGUCAGUCUGUAUUUGCAGAGGAAGGUACUCUGUGUUCAGUAUGUCAGUCUGUGUUUGCAGAGGAAGGUACUGUGUUCAGUAUGUCAGUCUGUAUUUGCAGAGGAAGGUACUGUGUUCAGUAUGUCAGUCUGUGUUUGCAGAGGAAGGUACUGUGUGUUCAGUCUGUGUUUGCAGAGGAAGGUACUGUGUGUUCAGUCUGUGUUUGCAGAGGAAGGUACUGUGUGUUCAGUCUGUGUUUGCAGAGGAAGGUACUGUGUGUUCAGUAUGUCAGUCUGUGAUUGCAGAGGAAGGUACUGUGUUCAGUAUGUCAGUCUGUGUUUGCAGAGGAAGGUACUGUGUGUUCAGUCUGUGA